AUGUGGAGCCUACAAUCCAAUAUUAUCGAGCCCUAUGAAGUGCUCCGGCAGUCGCUUAAGCCACUCAGAUUGUCACGAUGGCAGAUGAUAAAGUUCUUUGUGAAAAGCCUCCUGGGUGAGAUACCCCCGGGUGCACUGGUGCUGCUGGCCGUGACAUGCUCAAUCCUGGUGCUAUAUUUCUGCAUGUGUGAGAAACAGCCUGUCAUGCCGCGGGAGUUGCCUGUAGUUAAAGCAAAAAGCUACCACUUCGAAGAUAUCAUUGUCGAAGGGAGGAAAAAGUACCCGGACAGACCCUAUCUCGCGGUGAACAAACGCCACAGCUUCGUCGUCUAUCCACCGAGCUGUUUCGACGAACUGAAGAGACUUCCAGAGCAUACUGCAUCGGCGAAAGAUUUCUUCCACACGAUGAACGCGGGGGAUUGGACGUACGUCGGCCACGAGACCCAGCCUCUUCUGAAGACCAUUAUCGCCGAUCUAACCCGCGUCAUCCCGGCUCGAGUCAACAAGCGUCAAGAGGAUGCACGCAUGGCAUUUGAAUCAAUCAUCGGAUACGCGCCGGAAUGGAAAGAGAUCGGGCUGCUGAUGACCACCUUCGAGAUCGUUGCCAAGAUCAACGCUUGUGCUUUCGUCGGUCGAGACCUCGGUACGAACAACAAAUGGGUCAAGGCAGUGAUGCAGUCACCCCUGGUCAUCCAUGUCGCGGUCCUCGCCAUGAACGCCUGUCCGACUCUGCUGCGGCCCCUGCUGGCCCCUCUGGCGUUCCUGCCGACGAAGAUGAACCAGUGGGACAUGGGCCGGCUUCUAACCCCCAUGUUGCACAAAGAUAUAGCGACAUUCAAAGAGGCCAAGGAUCGGUCGGAGCUGUUGCGUCCAAAGCAAGCCGGAGAAAUACCAUUGACGGCGAUGUUGCUGUCGAGGUACAAGCAAGGUGAGGCUACUAUUCGACAGCUGAUUGUGGACUACAUCCUGGUCAGCUUCGACUCGACGCCAUCCACCGCGUCGGCGCUCUACCACGUUAUCUGCGAGCUGGCUGCACACCCUGAGGCGGCAGAUAUUCUGCGCCAUGAGCUCGAGGAAGUCAUGGUCGACGGCAAACUUCCACAGACCCAUCUGCAGGAGCUCAAACGGAUGGACAGCUUUCUGCGCGAGUCUUUCCGUCUACAUCCCGUCAGUUUAUUCAGUUUGCAGCGCGUGCUGGCCAAACCGGUGAAGCUCAGCGUUGGACCGACGAUUCCCGCGGGGGCGAUCAUCGCUGUCGAUGCAGCAGCUAUCAACCGCUCUCCAGACAUCUGGGAAAAUCCAGACGAGUUUGACAUGGACCGGUUCUACAAGCUGCGCCAGGUUCCCGGAAACGAGAACAAGUACCACUUGCUGAACACCAGCUCAGAUUCUCCGGGCUGGGGUGACGGGACUCAAGCGUGCCCCGGUCGGUUUUUUGCCAAUAGUACUCUCAAGAUCGCGUUUGCAUACAUUCUCCAAAACUACGAUGUGAAGAGAAAGGAGGGUCACCCUUCACCCAAGAUGACUCCCUUGGCGAGUGGGACCUGGGCGCCCGAUGACAAGGCAGUGGCUAUGUUUAAGUCGCGGAAUUGA